AUGGAUGCUCUGCAUCUGCGUCUGGGCUUGCCUCGCUCUUCGUCGUCGGGGAGGGAAGGACUGGGCCACUGCUCUUCUGCACGGCCUUCCGGGGCGGCAGCGCAGCUCUCCACAGCUGCUCCUGUCCUCGUGGUGCGCUCGGUCGUGGUGGAGAUGACUGUUGCUACAGCUGAGGCGACCAGAGCCACAGGCACAUCCGCCGCGCAACGAACCAGCCGCCGCCAGCCCGUUCUCCGCAGCGUCGGCGACGUGGCCGCGGAGCCGUGGAGGUGGACGACGCGCGUGGCCUCAGAGGAGGACUCGCCAGAGCUGCGCGGCGUGCUGUCCCUGAGACAGCACCAGUCCCUGCGGCAGGAGGAUCCGUGCGGCCCCUGGCCUCUGCCGGGAACUCCGCGCAGUUCCACCGGCAGCUUUGGGGGCGCCGCUGACACGGGACCACUUUGA